AUGGCCGUAGAACUCAUGAUGGAAGAAUUACAUGGUACAAUCAGUCAUAAAAAAGCAUGGAAUGAAAUUGCGGCAAACAUGCACACCAAGGGAUAUAAUGUCUCUGGUAAACAAUGCAUGACGAGAAUUAAUACAAUGAAACGUACAUAUAAGACAAUUAAAGACCAUAACGCAAAAUCCGGUAAUAAUACGCGCAGAUGGAAAUAUUAUGAGAUUAUGGAAAACCUUCUUAAAGAAAAACCUUAUAUGGCACCAUUGGCAACUAUUUCGUCAACUGGAUGUGUAACAUUAAAGGAAAGAUCAAUAUCUCCAAGCAAUAGUAGUUGCAGUUCUACUUAUUCAUCCAAUAUAAUUUCUCGUAAACGUAAAGCUACAGAUAAUUAUGCUAUUGAAAUAUUAGAAGAAAAACGAAAAGCUGAAGAAAAUAAAAAGAAAAGACAUCAAGAAAAAAUGGAAAUGGGAACAAAACUGUUACACAGACUGGAUAAACUUAUAGACAAGAUAUAAACAGACACACUGAUUGAUCUCAACGUUAUAUAAGUAGUUUUCACAUUCAACAAUCUUGAUAUUUUUCUUUUUUUUGUGAUAUUCGCUUUUAAGAUCUCAACGUGAAGGAAAAUACUUAUUUUUCAAAUCAGAUAAUUUGGCGACAGUUUGGACUGAUCUGUUUUAUUUUAUUUCUCUACUGUUAGAUGAGAAGCUAUUGUUUAUAUCCCGUUCUUUCGAUAUAGUACAUGUCAUACACACAUAUGCUUUAUAUACCAAAGAUUAUUUAUAGAGG